AUGGAAGCUCAAUAAAUUGCUUAAGGAGGCUAAUCUGUUUGCUAUAGGGUAAAAACCUAAAAAGGCAACAUCUAUUUACUGAAAGAGUUUUUAACUAAAACAGAAUAUAAUCACGAAAAAAAAAUCUACUAACACUUAAAUGAAAUUACCAAAGAAAUUGAUCUCAGUAUCUUAAAAAUGAUCGAUCAUGAUGACCACAAGUGUUAGAUUGUAUUCCCCUUUAUUAAUUUUUAGCUUGCUUUGAUUUGCUCUAAAGUAAAAGAAAACAAUGCAAGAGGAAUGAAAUGGAUAUUGGCACUUUAUCAUUUUACAUAAGUUGUUAAUACCAUUAAAAAACUGCACAGUCUAAAUUUAUGCCACUGUGAUAUAAAAGUAGACAAUAUCCUUGUAGAGUAAUAAUCAAAUGGUUUGAAAGAUAUUCUUAUCGAUUUUGGGCACUGCUAAAGUAAGAAAUAAAAUGAAAAAUCAGAAGCAGUUUGUGGAACUUUAACCUAUAAUCCAUUAGAAUUAAAUGAAGGAAUUGCUAAAUAACAAAUUAAAGAAUACAGCCCUUACAUGUUGGAUUUAUUUUAAUUGGGUAUGCUUCUCUUGACUUUAAUAGUUUAUUUUCCUAUUUCUGAGUAAAAUAAAAAGUUAAUAAGUUUGAAGAAAAAAAAUAAAUUUUUAGAAUGUAUUACCUUAAAAUACAAAAAAACUUAUAAUACUAAUUUACAAAUGAAAUCUGAAGUAUAUGAUCUUAUUUGGGAUCUUUUAACUGGAAAAAUUGAAGAUGCUGCUUCAAUCUUAGACCACGAAGUUUAUGAUUUAUAAGAAGUCAAAAAAAUGUUUACAUGCCUCCCAUAAACUGGAAAUACAAAAGCUUCUUAGAUGGAAGAAGAAGAAGAAUACUUUAACUUUAAUAACAUAACAUUUACCAAAAAAGAUGAUGGAAAUAGAAGCGAAGGUACAGUAAGCAUUGAAAAAGAGUUUUAGAAAAUGUUACAAGAGAGCACAAAAUAUGAGGAACUAAAAGAAUAAAUCAUUUAGUUUUGUGAUAAGAACCCACGAUAAAUAAAGGAGAGUGAACUCCAAAAAAGAUCUUUCUUAUUAGAGAUGAAUACAUCUUAAAUAUUAUAACUCUUGUUGUAUUGCUUUCAUAAAAAUAAUUCUGAUGUCUUUGAUCAAAAUAUUUUUGAGGAAACAUAAAAUUUAACCUUGAAAGCCACUUUACAAUAUACUUCCAAAGAUGUAAUAACUGAAGAUAGUACUGAUGAUGACGAUGACGAUGAUUUAAAAGAACCUAAAAUUGAAGAAAUAAAAAAUGAUAUUGAACUUCAGGUAGAAAUAGUUAUGAUUGAAGAAUUGAAGUAAACAGAAACAAAAUCUAUUAUCUUCACACCCAUAAAAGGAGAAUCUAUCUACUAUAACAAUUUAAUUGAAGAUAUUUUAGGAGAGUUAGAAAAACUCAUUUGA